AUGUUUAUUUUUGUGGAUGAGAAGCGAAUUGGAUUUGGCAUCGAUCAAGCGACCCCGCUCCCAUCGCCAAUUAUGAGGAUCGGAUUGGGAACAGAGAUUAUCGUUUCUCCGCCCAUAACGAACGGUUGCCUCAAUAAAGGCAAUGGCCGUGUCCUCCCUUCAUUUAACAGCGAUUGCUUCUCUUUUGAGAUUUUUUUCCACGCUGAUUCUUUCUCUGAUGGUUUGUCUUAUGAGACUCUUUCUCCUGGAUGGAUUUCGCUUAUUGGCCUGUCAACGGACGAGAAACCCAGUCCCUCUGCAUUUUUCUAUCUCAAUAGAGCCCAUGUAGAGUUACAAACAAGGCCCUGCAGUCCUAUUUUCUAUUUAUCCCCACAGGCAGCACAAAGUCUCAAUCUCAGAAAUUUUCAGCGUAUCACAUAUGAACCACUUCCUAGUGAUUCACAAUCUAUUAUUGUGUUAAAGAGAGAGGACUUUGUAGAUGACCUAGAUCACAUAAAUACGCGCCAACACAACCAGGUCUGUUUUUAUGCUGAGAUAGAUUUCUCCGGGUAUCACAACAGCAAAGGGGUAUUGAACCUUCUGAAGCGAGUACCUGCAGAAAUAUACUUCUCAAUUAAUCCAAAAAAUGAAAUGUAUCACAUUUUUCACUCGUCUGGCAUGAAAAUGUCCAUCAGAAGCUUAAUCUCGCAUCCCGAGGUCACUAGAAUCUACUCGCUUUCGCAAUCUCUGCUUUUCGAUCUAAUUCUUGGCCAUAACGCGAUAUCUACACCGCCUUUUGCAGCUGGAUUCUGUAUAGAACCUUCUAUUGUGCCCGCUGAAGCGGAUGCUAUCGAAAACGAUCCGCUUCAUUUUGUCGAAAAUGAUCUAUUCCGAAAAUUGGUGACCUCCAUUUCCCAGUUUGCAUCAUCAGUAUCAUCCUUACCCGGAGAUCGCCAAGGACGAGCCUAUUUGAUCCAAGGUGCGCCCUCUAGCGGUAAAAGCACACUUUUGAAAACCAUUGACAAGAAGCUCUACGGCUCCAGAGAUCGCAUAUGUAAACAUACACCUGUUUUUACGUAG